AUGCUUAUCGCCAUGGACACAUGCCGUGAUCAUGACGAUAUCACCGUGCCCUUUUCACAGCGGACUAUUGUGAUUCUAGGCGCAGGCAUUAUCGGAUGUGCAACAGCCCGCCAACUACUCCAGUCUGGGUUCUCCGUGACAUUGGUUGCCGAACAUCUGCCCGGGGAUCAAGACAUCACCUAUGCCUCCGCCUGGGCAGGUGCUGCAUGGCACCCCGCAGGUGGAAUCAAUCCUGAACAGCGAUAUUACCAAGUUGUGACCCACCGUAUCCUACUCAAGAUGGCUCAGGACCCAUCAUCUGGCGUCAGUGUUGUCAAUGCACGCGAGUAUUUGGAACAGAAACCAGCUCCCGAUUCGGCCAUCUGGGGGAAAACUGUUGUCGCCAAGUUUCGGGAGAUGAGCCGCGAUGAGUUCCCCGAGAAUUUCUAUUGCGGUUGGUCCUAUGAGACCUUAGUCACGGAUCCCACACUGCAUAUGCCCUACCUUGGCAAGAAGGUCACCGAGAUGGGAGGAAAGUUCAUUCGGCAGCGAGUUCAAUCUCUUCAAGAACUGUUCGGGAUGUUCCCGGAGUCGAAAAUCUUCAUCAAUGCCAGCGGAUUGGGCAGUCAGACUCUGACAGAUGUUCUGGACGAUCGUUGCUUCCCUGAAAGAGGACAGACGGUAUUUCUUCGAACUGAUAAAUGCCAUACGAUGUACUUCCGCAAUGGUCAAGAAUAUACCUACGUCAUUCCACGGCCUUUGUCACACGGGGUUGUGCUGGGAGGUGUGAAGCAACAAGAUAAUCUGUCCCCAGAUGUUGAUCUAGAGAUUGCACGAGAUGAGAUCGCUCGUGCGCAUCGCCUCGCCCCGGACGUUGUACCCGAACAUCCAGCCGAUAAGGAUAUUAGCCAUAUCAUUGGAAUUCGACCUUCCCGACGAGGCGGAUUUCGUCUCGACUCAGAACAACGAGAUGAUAGAACCAUUCUAUCGGCUUAUGGAUUCGGUGGUGGAGGGUACGCUUUCUCCUAUGGAAUCGCACAUGCGGUAGGGAAGAUGGUAGAAAAGGUUGAGUGUGAGAAUGUGAUUUUGUAG